AUGGCUCGGGGUGCUGUUCUGUGUCAGCAGAACUCCCCUCUGCUCAGGCAGGACCACCUGGCGCUGGUGGCCGUGGAUCAUGUCCAGAUGACUCUUGAACAUCUCCAAGGAUGGAGAUACCACAACCUCCCUGGACAAGCCUUGUACCAAGUGGAAGAUGAGUCCUCUCAUUUGGAUGAAAUGCCACUAAUGAUGUCUGAAGAAGGCUUUGAAAAUGAUGAGAGCGAUUACCACACUCUGCCAAGAGCCAGAAUUUCACAGAGAAGAAGAGGCUUAGAAUGGUUUAUCUGUGGUGGCUGGAAGUUCCUUUGCACUAGUUGUUCUGACUGGCUCAUAAACGUUUGCCGAAGAAAGAAAGAGCUGAAGGCUCGCACAGUGUGGCUUGGGUGUCCUGAAAAGUGUGAAGAAAAGUACCCCAAAAAUGCCAUAAAAAAUCAAAAAUACAACAUCUUUACCUUUAUACCUGGGGUUUUAUAUGAACAGUUCAAGUUUUUCUUGAAUCUCUAUUUUCUUGUUGUGUCGUGCUCGCAGUUUGUGCCGGCGCUGAAGAUCGGCUACCUGUACACAUACUGGGCCCCUCUGGGAUUCGUUUUGACGGUCACGGUGGCGCGGGAAGCCGUUGAUGAAUUUCGACGUUACAAGAGAGACAAGGAAAUGAACUCCCAGUUAUAUAGCAAGCUGACAGUACGAG